UUGACGUGUGUAUGCUUUGCGCUUUGUAAUUUCAUUACUGUACUUACAGCUGAUAGGGCAGUUUAUAAACAGCCGAUCUUUGUACAUGAGGGGUGUAAACGAAUCUCCAUUGUGAAAGAAGUCUUUGAUUUUGUUUCACUUAAAAGUCAGGUGUUGCUUAAUCGCUGGAUAGUUGAACCCAUAAUUAAAGAUCGAUACGGCUAUAGUGAAUGGUUUGUCUACAUUGAUAUUCGACUUGCCUUGGCUGCAGUGGCAGUCACUUUCGCUUUUUUCGCGGUUAUUUGGGACUGGUUGUACCCAUUUCCGCAGUCGUACACGGUUCUGCUGACUUGUUCUAUCUCAUAUCCUUUUGAUCAUUCGUCUGAUACGUCUUUGAAGAAAUCACUUUCUACCAAUGUAGUGAAACAGUACUUUAUAACAACGUCCCUCCCCAGUAGAGAAAGUAUUUCAGCCACAGCAUGGAUUAAACAUGGUAAUUUUUAUCAGUCGUUUUAUUCUUGUGCAUUUGAGAUCGCUGAGCAGAAUUAG